UUACAUGAACUGAUGGGACAUGCAUCGAGGAUUGGGUGCUUAGCGUGGAACAUUGAUUUGCUGUGCUCCGGUUCGCGAGAUCGUUUCAUCAUCCAAAGAGAUAUCCGUCAGCCAGCACAGUGUGCGGAACGCCGACUCAACGCACACCGACAAGAAGUUUGUGGUUUGAAAUGGUCUCCGGACAGGCAAUUUUUAGCAUCUGGUGGCAAUGACAAUCAAUUGUUGGUCUGGACUUUGCGAAGAAAUGAUCCUUGCCAAGUUUACACGGAACAUAAUGCGGCAGUGAAAGCAUUGGCUUGGUCACCACAUCACCAUGGACUUCUUGUUUCCGGUGGUGGCACCGCUGAUCGCUGUCUUCGUUUCUGGAACACACUGACCGCGCAGCCACUGCAUUUCAUCGAUACUGGAAGUCAGGUAUCUCAAAAAAAGUCAUUGAUUUUUCGAAAAAAUCAUUGA